AUGGCAACAGCCGAGGCAGCCUUGUUGCGACAAUGUCCGCUUCUUCUUCCCCAGAACCGAGAGAAAACUAUUUACGAGGGAUUCAUCUCAGCUCAGGGGAAGGACUUCCAUGUUAAAAUACUGUUACCUGAAGAUCUUCAACUAAAAAAUGCAAGAAUACUCUGUAGUUGGCAGCUGAAGACAAUAUUGAAUGGAUAUCAUCACAUAUUAAACCAAAGAUUGCAGUACUCUCCUGACCUGGUGAGCUUUAUGAUGGAGUUGAAGAUGAUUUUGGAAGUUGCACUGAAGAAUAAACAAGAGCUGUAUGCACUGCCACCUCCUCCUCAGUACUACUCGUGUCUUGUUGAAGAAAUAGAAGCUCUGGGUUGGGAUAAACUUGUGUAUGUGGAUACUUCCUUUAGUACCAUCAAGCUAAAAGCCAAAGACACUUCUGGGAGAGAGCAUCUAAUCACUCUCAAGCUGAAGGCAAAGUAUCCGAUGGAAUCACCGGAGUGCUAUGUGGAUUUACCGCUUCCUUUUUCUGUUUCCUGGACACCACAGAGUUCAUUGUUGAAUAUUCAUAGUCAGUUUUUGGUGGCAUUAGAAUCACUGAAGUCAUUCUGGGAUGUCAUGGAUGAGAUUGAUCAAAAGACUUGGAUUCUUGAGCCAGAAAAACCCACAAGGAGUGCAACAAUGAGAAGAAUUGCAAUAGGAAAUAAUGUUUCGAUAAAUAUCGAUGUAGACCCCAGGCAUCCCACAAUGCUUCCUGAAUGUUUCUUUCUUGGUGCUGAUCAUGUGGUUAAACCCCUAGGAAUUAAGCUGAGCAAGAAUAUACAUAUGUGGGAUCCAGAAAAUAGCCUGUUGGAAAAUUUGAAAAAUGUUUUAGAAAUAGAAUUUCCAGUCUGUACUAUCCUGGAAAAAUCUGAUUUCACAAUGGAUUGUGGAAUUUGUUAUGCUUAUCGUCUGGAAGGUGCCAUCCCAGAUCAAGUGUGUGAUAAUCCCCAGUGUGGCCAGCCCUUCCAUCAGACCUGCUUAUAUGAGUGGUUGAGAGGUCUGCUAACCAGCAGGCAGAGUUUUAACAUCAUCUUUGGUGAAUGCCCAUACUGUAGUAAGCCAAUUACAUUGAAAAUGUCUGGAAGGAAACCCUGA